UCUAAGUUUAACGAGAGCUUUGGCUCCCAUAUGGACAACAGUUCACUUAAGACAUUGCUCAGUGUUUCUUUUCGUGCUUGGAUUUUUCAGACAUUUGUUGUUUCUUCAUAAAUGUAUGCCAUUGUGCUCUUUUAUCCUUUGCAGGCAUGUGGAACAGAUUGACAUUGAAGUCUUUGAGCUCACAUUUACAAUGGAAAGCAAUUCAAGCAGUGUUCUGCUUUCUUCUGCAAUCAACCAUGCAAUGUUUGUUGCAAGCUUCUUUACUGCUAGAUGUUUUUACAAGGUGUUCCUGUUGGACCUAUCAGUGAUCAGUUUGGCGGGUUGGUUUUUACUUUAUCUAUUUGAAGGAAAGUUAUUUUCCAAAGCUACUUUAAGGUCCUGUGUAACCAGACUCGGCGAGGAUGAACAGCGUCUAUUUUUGAGCCCCCUAGCACAGAUCGGUUGAUCACUUUAAAAAAUUAUUUCAUAGUUUUUUCACAGGUAAUCUUUCAUGACACUGCUUGGCAGAGUCCUUCGUAUGAUAGUAGUUGUUAAGUUAGAUUUGCUUGCAUUUGUACCCUAGAUAUUAAUACUCUGGCCGUGGUCUUUCCUUUGGGCUUUAGCUUUUAGUUCUUCAAUGAACUUUUGUUGGCUGAAGUAAUUGGUAGA